GCCCUUCUGUGGUUUGCACGAUUCGGAGGCGAUGAUGACAAACUGUCAGAGAAAAAAAAUUCAGUUUAGGUGGAGCAGGACCUUUACAAUUAACCAAAGUAAACCGGACUGAAAGAUGCGCACUUACUGUGUACUUCUACACAUUUUUGCUGCUCUCCUCUUGUGUGAUUAUGGGAUGUUCUCCAAGCCGUCACCGUCUCCUUCAGAGAUGUCCACCACUGCAGUAUCAGCCACAUCUGACUCUCACACUACUGGGAUGACAACAGAAUCAGUAACUACUGGGAAUGACACGAGCUCGUAUACCUCUGAUGAAGAAGUGUCAGCUGAUUUUAAAAAUACAACUGAGAGCAGUGGAGAGGAUCCUGAAAAUGAUUUUAAAAGUCGGAAUGAAAGCGUCAAUGUAGUGAUCUCUUCAACCACACAUCCAUCGAGCACCACACAUCCAUCGAGCACCACACAUCCAUCGAGCACCACACAUCCAUCGAGCACCACACAUCCAUCGAGCACCACACUUGUGAAGCACCAUAAAGAAGAAAGCAUAGAUUCAGGAAAGUUAACAGGAGGCAUCAUCAUUUUGGUCCUCAUCCUGAUCCUGAUUUUUUGUCUGCUUGGCAUUUUGUUUUUUCUGAGAAAGAAAGCAAGGAGUUACUCGUUUGAUUUGACUCGUGUCGAAGGACCUGGCAAUGAUUAUGACACCCCGCUCAAGAGCGACCAACAAGGCCUGAGCUAUGAACAAACCAACAAAGGCAAGUAUCUGCCUGUGUCUUUGAAUUUCAUACAAGAAGACAAGUCUGAGGAAAAGACCAAUUCGAUAGCAAACGGCUCUGCAGGAGAGAAACCCGAACAAACACCUACCAGUGAAAACGAUGCCCCAGAAGAGAACAGUUUGUCUUCAGACUCGAGCUCGUCCACGCCAGUGAAGAAAGUGGAGUUUAACCUGGAUCUGGAUCUGCUUGGGAGUGAAUCUGAAUUCAGUGGUCCGACCGAAGCCGAAGCAACAGAUGCGGCGCAGAAUGAAAACAACAAUAAUGUCACUAAUGCUGGACGAGGAACAGCAGAAGAGAUCUUCACUGAAAUCAGUCUAGACGAGCCAAAGGAACAUGCAUAGCGUGUGUUUCCCAUCCAACAAUCAAGAUCUCUGGUCUAAAUAUAUGAUGCCUGGAUCCAGACUAUAUGAGUGCUACCGAGUCGGUAACACUUUAUAAUAACUGCACACUAUUAAUCAUUAAUUAAGCAUUAGUAAACAGAUAAUUCAUAAUU